AUGCCUCCUCUGCUCGCCGCCGUCGCCCACGCGCUCUCCUGCUGGCCUGCCCUCAGCCUCCCCCCCGGGCUGCACCUCUCCCUGCUCUCCCUGCUGCUCUCUGACGUGCUUGACUCCGAGGAGACUCGUGAGAUGCUCGCAGAGAACAUGGAGGCUGGCAUCGACCUGGGGAAGAAGCGGAGCGUUGAGGUACUGGAGGAGCGGAGGGUGAGGAAUGAGGAGGUGAAGAAGCAGCAGGAGGAGCAGCGGAUGGAGCGGAUGGAGCGGGAGAGGCGGGAGAAGGAGAAGAAGGAGAAGGGGGAGAAGGAGGAGGAGGGAAAGGAGGCAGGAGGGAAAGGGAAAGGGAAGAAGAAAGAGAAGGAGAAGGAGAACGAGGCAGAGAAGGAGAAGGGGAAUGAGAAAGGGAGUGAGAAAGGGAGUGAGAAGGGGGAGUGUGAUACAGAUGAGGAGGUGGAGUUUCUGUUCGCAGUGCCAGAGGAAGUGAGGGAGUAUAAGGGUGAUCCGAUGGACAGGCGGGCGGUGUUGGCUCAUAAGGAGAAGCUGAGGCAGGAGGAGGAGCGCAUGGGCAGGCUGAAGAGCGAAUACAUUCGGCGCAAGGAGGCAGAGAAGCGAGCAGCAGAGAGAGCACGGACCGAGGUGGAGAGAAAGCGCAUGGCACAGGAGAGAAAGCGAGAGGAGGAGUGGAAGAAGCGAGAGGAGGCGUAUGAAAAGGAAAUGGCUCGUCUGGUGGUCAGAACAGUGCCCCUGGGAUUGGAUAGGCAUUAUAACCGGUACUGGCUGCUCAGUGGGGAACCUAAGGUGGUGUGGGUGGAGGAAAGAGGAGGGAUGGUGGGAGAAGGGGAGGUGUGGCGAGGAGGAGGGAGCGAAGGAGGAGGCGAGGGAGGAAGUGAGAGAGGAGGGGUGGGAGGUGAGGUGGGGACGGGGUGGGCCGGUUGUUCUCGCUGGUUCUGCUACACUUACCGCGAGGAUAUAGAGGAGCUUAUAGCGAGUCUGAAUGAAAAGGGGAUACGAGAGGCGGCACUGAAAGCAGCACUUGAGAAGGUCAAGGGGAGGCUUAUAGCGGGGAUGAAGAAAAGGGGGCCUGGUGUGGGGGGGAGGGAGAAGGGGAAGGGUGGAGGAGGUGGAGGAGGGGAAGGGGAGGGCGGGAAAGGGGAAGAGGAGGAGGAGGUAGAGGUGGAGGAGGAAAGGGAUAUCUGCAAAGCUACUGCCGUUGCCCCUCCUAAAUCGGAUCAAAUCAAAUUGGGGGGCCUUCACAGCUCCUCUGGUUUAGCUGUCUUGAUGGGCGGCAAAAAUCGUUUGGACUCUCGUGCUCCUGCUGCUGCUGGUACAACCGCUGCUGCUGCUGCUGCAGAUACUGCAACAGCUGAACCAGCAGCAGCAGAAGCAGGAGUAGAGGCAGGAGCAGGAAAGGUCGGAGGAGGAAAGGCAAAAGGAGGAAAGGAAGGAGGAGAAAAGGGAGGAGAAGAAAAGGCAGGAGCAGAGGUAGGAGCAGAGCCAGGAGGAGAGGCAGGAGGAGUCAAACCAGUCAAGGGAGUCAGCAGUGAGCGCGUCCAGCUGGCGCGCCAGGUGGCAGCGCUGCGGCGGCUGCUGCUGUGCGCUGAGGUGGCAGGGUUCAAGCUGUGUGGCGGUGCUCUUGGGGAGGCGAGAGGCGAGAGGUGGGGGAGAGGGGAGAAGGAGGAGGGAGGGAGUGAGGGAGAGGAGAGGGUUGAAGGAGCGGGAGGUUCGAGAAGGGGGAGGGGUGCUGAGAAAGCAGGGAAGGGUGGCCAGGGAGCAGACGAGGAGGGGGAGGAGGUGGAGGAGGAGGAAGAGGAGGAGGAGGAUGAAGAUGCAGGGACAGUGAGUGAGGCGGAGGAGCAUGAAGAGGAGGAGGGGCUGAAGGGCCCGUCUGCCUCGCGGUGCUUGUGGCGGUCGAGGCGAGUGCGGCGCGUGUGGCGUAGGGAGGUGAUGGCUGCUCGCACACUCGCCACCCUCGCUUACCUUGCUGCCUCCCUCAGGCAUACCUCCCUUUGGGCUCUUUGGACUGAGAAGUGUGUGGAGGAGGGAGGGUGCUCGCACGCUCGCCACCCUCACUUACCUCGCUGCCUUUCUCAGGUGUGCUCCCCAGUUGGGCUACCUGCUUCUCUCAGAGAACGAUGCAAGGCCCUUGACGCUUCCAAGCUUCACUCAGUUACGGAGAGAGGAGAGGGGAGAGGUGAGGAGAGAGGAGAGGACGAGGAGGUAUCAAACGAUGGGAGCGAAGAGAGUGAGGAGGGAGAAAAGAGAGGAGAGGAAGUGGUGGAAGAGGGGAGUGAAGGGAGUGAGGAGGAGAAGGGGGAAAGUGAGGAUGAGGAGGAAGAGGUGUUGGAGAAAAGGGAUUUGGCCAAAAGUGGUGGUGGAAGGAAGAAGCAGGGGAAGAGGAAAAUUGGGGGGAGUGGGACGAAAUCUAGGGAGAGUAGGAGAAAGCAGGGGGGCAGAGGCAAGAGAAACACCGAGACAUCUGAAGACGAGGAGGAGGAGGAUGAGGAUAUGGAAGGGGAGGAGUCGGAGGCUGGGGCCUCAGGGAAGUUGGGGGGGCAAGGAGAAGAGGAGGAAGAUCAGGGUAUCACGACGGUGGGAGGCAGGAAGCUGAGGGCGAGAGGUGGUGGUGAGGCGAAGGGGAAGGGGAAGGCGAAGGGGAAGGGGAAUGGGAAGGGGAAGGUGAAGGGGAAGGUAUCAGGUCGCCAGGCUGCUUCUAAUGGGAACAACAAGGGCAAUCCGUCUCUUUCCCCUGCUGCUACUGCCGCCGCCGCUUCUGCUGCUUUGCCAGCAGCUGCUUCCCCUAAGCUGCUGCCUCCUUCCCUCUGCGCUUCUUGCGGAGAGGCAGUGGGGGCAGGGGGAGGGGAGGCUGGGGCAAGGGAGGUGGUGCGGUGUGCGGCGGUGCAGUGCGGUAAGGCGUUUCACCCUGUGUGUGCGGGGCUGAGGCGAAUGGCUGCCAAAGCUGCUUGGUUCUGCACGGAGUGCAGGCAGGGAGGGAGGCGGAAGGGGGGGAAUGGGAUGGGGGGAAAGGGUGGGAAGGGUGGGAAGGGUGGGAUGGGCGGGAGGGGUGGGAAGGGCGAAAGUGAUGGAGAGGGUUGGAGACGAAGGGGUAGGAAGCGUGGGAGAGGGGAGGAUGUGGAGGAGGAGGAAGAAGAAGAGGAGGGAGAGGAGGAGGAGGUGAUUGGGGAGGGGAGUAGUAGUGGGGAAGAAGAGGGAGAGGAGGGGGAGGACGAGGAGGAAGGAGAGGAGGAUGAAGAGGGAGAGGAGGACGAGGAGGAAGAGGAGGACAAGGAGGACGAGGAGGAAGAGGAUGAGGAGGAAGAAGAAAGGGAGGAAGAAGAGGAAGCGGGGGGCGAGGGGGAAGAGGAAGAGAGCGAGGAGGAGAGUGAGGGGGAUAGCAGGGAGUGGAGGGGAAGUCAUGGGAGAAAAAGCAAGGGGAAGCUGCUCACCAAAGGGAAGGGGGUGACUUUUGAGUCGACUGAAAAGUCACCUCGCAAGGGGAAGCUGCUCACCAAAGGGAAGGGCCGGAGUGGUGGUGCUGUUGAUGCAACGAGGGCUGGGCGAAUGCGGAAGAGAAAAGGUGCAGAGAUGGAAGAGGAAGAGGAGGAGGAGGAGGAGGAUGAGAGUGAUAGGGAUAGUGAGGACGAAUGGAGGGUGGAAGGAUGGGUUAACAAUGGAAGGCUCGAGAUUCGUAUUGGGAGUAGCAGCAAGGGAAGGAAGAAAGCGCAGAUGAAGAGGAGGAAGAAGGAUUGUGAGGAGGAGGAAGAGGAAGAGGAAGAGGAGGAGGAAGAAGGGAGUGAGGAGGAGGAGGAGGAGGAGGAGGAGGAGGAGGAGGAGGAGGAGGAGGAGGAGGAGGAGGAGGAGGAGGAGGAGGAGGAGGAGGAAGAGAGUGAGGAGGAGGAAGAAAAGAGUGAGGAGGAAGAGGGUGGUGGUGGUACCGUUUCGUUGAGAGGGAAGAGGAUGGAGGGUCGGGGAGGGAAAAGCGUUGGGGGGCAGGGAGGCGGUAAGGUGCAAGGGCAGAGCAGGGAGGGGAGGAGAGAGAACGAGGAGGAUGAGGAGGAGGAGGAAGAAGAAGAGGAAGAAGAGGAAGAGGAGGAAGAAGAGGGAGAGGAAGGGAGUGAAGAAGAAGAGGAGGGGGAGGAGAGCAGUGAGGAGGAGGAAGAUGCAGGCAGCGUUGGUGGGAAGAAGGUGGGUGAUGUGAAGAAGCUGGGUGAUGGGCGGAGUACUGGAGAGGUGUGUCGGCGGAAGCUGGUGAGGUGUCGUGGUGGGGCAGGGGGAUCCAAGGGGUUAAUUGGCGUGGCGGGAGUUGGAGAGGUGGGAGGAGAGGUGCGUGGGCGGAAGCUGGCCCACGCCCCCUUCAUCAAGUGUAUCACCACCACUCCCUCCGGUGUCACCACCACUCCCUCCGGUGUCACCACCACUCCCUCCGGUGUCACCACCACUCCCUCCGGUGUCACCACCACUCCCUCCGGUGUCACCACCACUCCCUCCGGUGUCACCACCAUCUGCAAGCUGUUUCUGAGAAUUCUCAGGAGUGGACUCCUCUCGUUUCCCUGCUUUCUCGGUGUCAGUGUCAAGGCACAAGGCGCCCUCGGUUCUUCCAGCAGUCCAAACUUCUCCAGGUCUCGCAGCAGACCUGUCUGGCUGGUUCUUUCCUUCUCCAGAUGUCGAGCAAUGGACGAAGACAAGAGUGCUGGUGGUGUGAGUGGUGGUGCUGCUGCUGCUGGUGUGAGCGGUGGUGCUGGUGCUGCUGGUGUGAGUGGUGGUGCUGCUGCUGCUGGUGUGAGCGGUGGUGCUGGUGCUGCUGGUGUGAGUGGUGGUGCUGCUGCUGCUGGUGUGGGUGGUGCUGGUGCUGCUGCUGUUCGUUUAGUAGCUGGACUUCGGAAUCCGGAACUGAACACUCUCGGGCUGAACACCCUUGGACUCGGCAGCCUGGGGAAGUUGAAGCAGUUCCGCUGCUGA